UUUUUUUUUUUUCAAUUAGUUUAUUAUUAUAUUUAAGAAAUUAUUAUUAUUAUUAUUAAAGUGGAAUCAAAAUUACAUAUUAAUUGGUUAUCCAUAAGUAAGAAAUAUGCCAUCAAUUGUAGGCAAAUAUCAGCAUUACAAAAAUGAUAAUGUUGAAGAGUAUUUCUUAGCUAUUGGUGUACCAUAUAUGGGAAGGAAAAUGAUGUCAGUGUCAUCACCAUUGAUGGAAAUCACAUUAGACGGUGAUAAAAUGACUAUCAAAAAUUCUUCAUUAUUCAGAACUGCUGAACAUUCUUUUAAACUUAAUGAGGAAUAUGAAGAAAACAUGCCCAACACUAAGAUAAAAAGUAAAACCAUCAUAGUCAAUGAGAGUGAAAUGGUAACAGAGUCAGUUAUUCCUCAAACAGGAGCGAAAUGUGGUAGACACUAUAAAUUCUCUGAUGAAGGAUGUGUCAUUACACUCACACAUGAUAAGGCAGCAACACCAGGCAAAAGAUAUUUUAGAAGGGUUAAUUAAGCUAUAAGGAGUGUAUACUUCAUCUUUCUGUAUUUGUUACAUAUGUAUGAGUAUACUAUUUCAAAACUCAUUCAAUAUUUACAUUCCAAAUCUGGAAAAGACAAUGCUUAAAAGUAAUUACGAUCAGACUGAUUUUAAUUUGUUAAAAA